AUGAACAACGAGCAAUUUCGGCGGCUCCUAGACACCUCGUCGAGCUCCGAGAAGUCAUCAGUUCCAGCUCACAAUGCAUCAUCCGGCGCGGGCGCAGGCGGGCUCCUCGGCUCGCGAAUGCGCAACAGUAUUCCCAUGACUCCGCGCUCUGUAUCUGGGAUUGAUUUCGCGCGCCAACUCGCCGACCAACGCCGCGAGGGCGAUCGACCGAGCAAGCGAUUCAAGUCCUCCGCCGCGCCGAAGGGAACCAAACUACCAACGGGUUACCAAGACCGAGCACAAUUGCGCAAUGCGAACGACGAAGAAGAAAGUAAAGAUGAUCUCGAGAAACGCAUCAAGGCGCUGGAAGAGAUGGUGAAAUUGGGACAAAUCGACCAGGCGACUUUCGACAAGUUGCAAGCUGAGCUUGGCGUUGGUGGUGAUGUCGGCAGUACACAUAUGGUCAAAGGUCUUGAUUGGGGGCUUCUACGGCGAGUUAGGGCUGGAGAAGACGUAACGCAGGUACCUGAGAAGCCAGAACCGGAGCCCGCGGAAGAGCCUGUACGGGAAGAGGAUGCGGAGGCGGAGUUUGAGCGAAUGAUUGAGGCAAAAGCGCAGGAGGAGGUUAUUUCUGUGCCGAAGGAGCACAAGGAGAAGAAGAAAGGAACUAUGGCACCGCCUCCGCCGCGCAAGAAGACGAGAGAUGAGAUUCUCAAGGAGUUGAGGGCUAGUCGGGCUGCGGCUGCACCUCCUCCUCCGCCGCCGGAGCCGGUUCUGGGCUCGCGGUUUAAAAAGGUCGGGAAUAGUAAGCCAGAGAAGAAGCGCUUUGUGGAGAUUGAUGAGCCUACUGGUCGUCGACGAGAGGUCCUCGUUAUUACCGAUGUCGAGGGUAAUACGAAGCGCAAGGUUCGAUGGAUUGAUAAACCCAUCGACUCGACGGGGUCUGCUACUGCGCUUCCUAUGCCAGACAAGGCUGCAAAGCCCUUAGGUAUGGAGGUUCCCGCUGAGAUUGCUGCUCGAGAAGCCGCCAACGCUCUUCCUGAAGAGGAGGAUGAUAUUUUUGCUGGUGUUGGCGCGGACUAUGACCCGCUUGCUGGCAUUGAAGACGACGCGUCUUCAUCCGAUGAAGAAGGCAAACCUGAGAAAUCUGCAGAGAAGGAGAAAGCGCCUACCCAGGAUGAACAGAAACAACCGGAAGAAGAAGCUCCCAAGCCACGAAACUACUUCGGAACCAGCACUGCAUCCGAUGCUCCCGAGGAGGAUCGCUCCAAUCCUCUCAUGAAAGACCCUACUAUAAUGGCCGCGCUUAAGCGAGCCGCGGCUCUACGCCAGGGUUCUCCUUCUGCCGAGGAAGGUGAGUCUCCAGAGGCUUCUCUUCGUCACAAAAAGUUCCUUGAAGAAGCUCGGCGGCGAGAUGCCAUGGAUGCUGCGGAUAUGGAUAUGGGCUUCGGAGGCAGCCGAGGAGAAGAUGCUGAGGAUGAGGAUAUUGUCCUGCAUGACUUUGACGAAGACGAAAAAGGUGGGAAGAAACGGAAGCGUGGUCCGAAGAAGCGGAAGGGUGACAAAAACAGUGUUAAUGAUGUGAUGCGUGUAUUGGAGGGACGGAAAAAGGAUGAGUAG